CCUCCCUUUUCGCUCCCUUUGUUUUCACGUCAAUUGGAAAAUCAACUCACCACGGACAGCUGUCAGCGUCUCGGGCCUCCCCCUAAACGGAAUUGCUUGCCACGCGCAGAUGUCAGCCACUGUUCCGUCUUGACUUGGGUUCCACCAAAGACGUCCCGGAAUCUCUUCCACCCGACUCUUCCGUCUUCCUGUCACUUCACUCCACGGUCCACCUUCUACCGAAACCCAUCUCGAUACUUUUGUGAACGACGAGGAAGACAGAACUGUCCUUCGAUAAACAUCCAGUCCUGCGAAACAUCCCGUGAGCCCCGUCGUCACCAAGCUGCCGUGUUCCCUCUUACUCCGUCGCUGUCAAUCCUCAAGUCAACACUAGUCGAACGACGAAGCUCCAGUAGGGCUGACAGGCAUAUCACCGCUUCGCAAUACAUCCCCUGUUCGACUUUUGAAUUCGCGACGACUUCUCCUGGGCCUCAUGAAACAAUUUCUCUUGCCAUUCUACAACAUGUCAGCUUGAUGUACCAAAUAUCAGUCGGCGCCUUUCACCACUCUAGCCGACUCGUCGAGGCACCAAUGCAGAGCAAUAAAGCAAGACUAAAGGUUCAUUUGCUCUCUCGUAACAAUGAUUCCAUGGAAUCAAUUCACAUCCAGCCAGCAGGAUCCUGACUGGCGCAUCGAACUCAACGAGCAUAACUUGUUCUUUUAUGUGACCAAGGGCCCGACACAACUCCGGCGCGUGCUGGACUCGCCAAUGCUUGAGUCUGCACAGGAGCGGCAGUUCGCGAUUUCUCAGCUAGGUCUGCGAAGUGCAAACUUUGAGAACGAACAUACCAGCAGAAUCGAUUACGCACUUCAGAUAUUCUGCCAGCACUUUAUCGACCACGAGAGCAACGAGAGCUUCCGUCCCACAUCACCGUACUAUGAGGAUUUGACGGACUUCCGAAGUGCGUUAAGCUAUACCGAACCGACACCAUCUUUACCACUGUCUGACCUUUUAGAAGGCCUACCAUCAUCACCUACCCCAACCGUCAAAUCCCUAAGAUCGGUCAAAUCACCAAUGAGUGUUGAAUCAUUAAUGAACCCUGAGAUCAUUCCACCACCACCUCCUGAACGCAAACGGAAGCACUCCGACUCUCUCUUUGCACCCAUUGCAACCGACGACAGCUUUGAAGAUUUUGGGUUCUUCGACAGUCCUGCACACCUGAAACAGAACUUGGAGCACGCACGAGCCGCCACGGUCGUGUCUGGACAUGCUGUUCGACUGCGGAGGCGUACUCGAAUGCGUCGUUCAUUCCUCGAUCGAGGUCACAGCAAACCUAAGGACACGGACAUUGAUCGAUGCGAGGACGACUGAAGAGUUGUGUCAUUCUUGCUCUACCAGUGCCGGUCUCAAGGAUAAAUAUCACGAUUGCCACCACACUAAAGGAGCACACCACCCCUUUGACUCUGACACCCGUCACAUGGAUGAUCAUCAUCCUCGACUCCACCCUGUUCUUUCCUCUUUCACGACCAUCAUCUCCACACCACCAUACCAGAAAUCGAGGACUCAUCAGACAGGUGUUUUGUGACGACGACGAUAUCAGAUGCAAUGUUAUGUCAUUCAGAUAUAUGUGAUGAUCAAAAGGACAACUUUUGAUGACUUGGACGGCUACGAACACGCACACACCUUCUAUUUCUUUGGGCCCGUAAUUUUUUCUGCAUUAUUUUUUUCCGACACCGAAUUUGCUAUGCCUGGACGCAAACAACAAAAAGUCUCAACAUUUGAUUGAUUUGACGCGACGCGAUGGGUCAACAGCACCACCACUACACCACUACAUCCUUGAUGGGGGAGGGUUUCUUUUUGUGAGCCUUUUUUCGAGUUUUCCAACAUGACCUUGGCGACGGCGUUUUGGGGAUUUCAUACGGUAAAGGGAAAGGGUAAGAGGAGGGAUCUAUGGGUUUGUUUUUCGAGAGAAUCGGAUCGCUUCUUGCAGCACAUAUUCUGUCAAAAUGUUUAUUACUUUUUGACCGGUUUUUAUGUUUUGAGCCAUGAGCGUUGGCGCUGGACGGAGUUUCAGUGGCUCUCCCACAUUCCAUCAAUCCAGUCCUUUGUUUUUGAUGUCUUGUGAAGCGUGACAGAUUUUUUAGCGAGGGUUGGAAUCAUUGGAGGGGAAAGGAGUGAGUGGUUUAUUGGGUUGUGUCGUUGGGAAGAGAGGGAGCUCAAACGAAACCGUUGUCUUUGUGGGUAUGAAUGUGUAGAUGUCGAGGGGAACAACAGAUCAAGUUCUCAAACAAGAGGCAGAGAGCCCUCGGGGUCUUUUCUUUCAGCAUUCAGCAGGGUUCAUAGCAUGUCACAUGAGAAUACAUAUGAAAGAGGAGAGAGAGUGUGUGUGG